GUUUACAUUUAGGCGCCAUAUGUCUUCACGUCAUUAGAGGGGCAAGUCCGAGGGAGGAUGACAAAGCAAACAAGAGGAACAGAUGAAAGCUGGAAAGUGAGCGAACGCUCAAGGCAAUGCAAUUUGUAUUGCUCACAUUUUGUCGGCUGGAUACUUUCAAGAGGUCUAGCACGAUAUAACUACCCUGCCCCUACACGGAAGUCAAGAUCGCAUUUUAUCCCAUUAAUAUUGAAUUUGUUCCCUGCCAACCUUGGUGCAAAUCUCACAACAUACCAACACGCACCAUGCUCACGAAGGAGACGGCUGUCAUGCUUGCCAAGUACAAUAACUGGGCCGACCAAGUACUUUUCGCAGCGAUCCAAAAACAACUGCCGUCUGAGGCGGUCUACCAGCCGCGCACAACUCUCUUCAAGUCCAUGAUGGGCACACUCAACCACAAUCAUCAGGUCGACCUGAUCUGGCGUGCGCAUCUACUCGAAGAGGACCACGGCUUCUCGACCCGCCGCGAUCUGUUAUACACGAAAUUUGAAGAGUUGGUCGAAAAGCAGUUUGAGGUCAACCAAUGGUACAUCGAUUGGGCGAGCAGGCAAGAUGAGGAAAGCUUCAGCAUACGAUCCAAGUUCCAUUACGUCAACGGCACACCUGCAGAGAUGACUUUGGGUGGCAUGUUUCUGCAUGUUAUCAACCACAAGACCUACCAUCGAGGUUGGGUUAGUGAGAUGUUCUUCGAACACGGCACGAAUCCGCCCGAGACCGAUCUCUGUGUUUACUUGUGCCAAUAAAUCGUCUAGGUGUCCCCGGAUCCCCCGCCGCUUCAAACCUGGUGAGCUGGGGUGAGCGUGGGUGAGCGGGGUGAGCGAGUGGGUAAGGAAUCGGGUUACGGGAACGAGGUCACUAUUAUUAAGACUUAGAUAAUUACAAGCUUUCCGUAACGAUUAUAUGCGCGUAUAAUAGUUUUCAGUAUUAUGAAGUACGGCUUUACUAAAUGAAGUUAAAGAGCUAUAUGGGACUUCGGAGGCGUAAUCCUCUCGCCUAAUAAAGUCCCAAUACCGCCUUAAUUAU